AUGGGUUCCGCUGGAAGCGUUCCAAACAGGAAGACGGUGCUUGGUGCUGUAUCCGCACCAUCCACCCCGGAACUGUCUGUGACCGACCUGAGCAAGCUGGCGCUGGGCAACAGAAACGACCUGAUUUCUGAGGCCAUGCGUGUUGAACCUGCUCUUCCAUUUCAAGCUCAAAGGAUCGAUGCUUACGAUGGUGAUGAAUGGGAAAGGCGCUUUGGACAUUUGCAUUUCUCUGCGCAUUCAGAAGGCGAAGUGGAGGAAGACAUCCCCAAGGCCAUCUUGAAGGCUUCAGAUUCCGAGAAGUACGAUCCGGUGGUUGGUGCAGCCUUGGAGGAGGCGGUGGCGCAUCACAUGGCGAACCACAAACAAACCUUGGAGACCCAUGAGAAGCACAUAAAGGAGCAGCUGGGCCACGAGAGAACUGCUCGGGACCGGCACAUUGAGCAUGUCGAGGCGGUGCUUCGACAAGAGAAGGAGGCUCGAGAUCAACAUCAUGAACACCAUUCAGCAACCUUGCAAAAGGAGACUGCCUCGCGUGAAGCGUCUCAUCAGAGUUUCCACGACGCGAUCUCCAAGGAACGCGCCCUUCGUGAACAACAUCACGGCCACGUUCAGGAGCUCAUUGGCAAGGAGCGAGCGGCACGGCAGCAGAUCGAGGAUCUCUUGAGCCGAGAGACAGCAGAGCGGCACAAGCACCAUGAGACACAAUCUGAACUGGUCGAUUCCCUUCAACGAACGGUCGGGAUCUUUGAUGCGCUGAUUCGCAAGGACAUGGAAGAGCGGAAGUUGGAGAUGAAGCGAGUUUGGGAAGCCAUCGAUGGGCACACGCAUGACAUGAGCUGCAAGAUCAAGGCGCUCGGCUCCGAUGAGGAGGUGGAGGACGAGACUCGCCUCAGGCCGCCUCGCUUGGCCACUCGCUCUUCUCCCUCCUUACCGGGCGUGGUCAGCCCCGCAAGGUCGGGUGGGAACUCGCCCAAAUUGGUGUAUCGCUCUUCGGUCGUUCCAGUGACUCAGGCCCGAGUGCUGUCAUAUCCAACAACAGUGGUGCAGGCUCCCCCAUUGUCUGCUCCUCCGGUGACUGCUCCACCGAUGACAUACUCCAGCACGUGGUCUGAACCGCCAACAGCCAGCGCGGCAGGGGUGGCAGGUCGCAGCGCCUCACCAUCUCGACGAGGGGACCACAGCGAGGUCGUUUGUGGCCGUGCGCGAUACAAUGGAGACAAAGCUCACAACGCCGAGAUCCACUGA